CUUCAGUCUAGUCGCUCUAUAGUCCUGCUUCGGUUGAGUCUCACCAGAGUCGGCGGAGAGGAGCAGCAUUCAGCAGCUCGUACUGCAGACCUGCACGAUGAGAGACAACAGCUGUAAAGAACGCGUAGACAAAAUCCUGCGAGAGGCUCCGACCGCCAGGAAAGCUCUUCUAGACAACCACAGCAAUCUGCACAAGGUGGCCGAUUACUGUCAGAACAAAUACCUCAACGUGGAGGACACGAGAAGCGUCAUUGAAGAGUCCAAAGCUCUCACCACGCAGGCCCUGGCCAGUGUCACAUAUCAGAUAAACAAUCUGGCCACGUCUGUGCUGAAAAUCUUAGAUGCUCAGACGGUUCAGCUCAAACAGAUGGAGUCCUCCGUCAACUUAUUGACUCUGACGGUCGGCAUGUACAAGGAGAAAAUAGCUCGGAAAGAGAUCGGAGUGUUGACCAACGAGUCAAAAGUCCCCCGGACUCAGAAGGUGGUCUCUCCGGCGAGCGGUCUGGAGCCCAUGCGUUCUUACAGACGGGUUCCUAUAUCCUACACCCGCUUGGACAAACUGGGCCACGGCCACUGGCAAGGCAGCAAAACUGACGAGGCAAACACAGACAAUGAGGACUCUAUGUCUGUUCAGCUCGGAGCACAGGACACCAGCACCUUCAACUGGUCUUUCUUGGGUAUCGCCGUUCCUCCUCCGUCAGUGCCAGACUCGGUGGCUCCACCCGAUCUCUCUCCGGCUUCACCGCCUCCGACGCUCGUGUCUGACCGCUCCCCGUCUCUGCCUGCCCAUCUAGACCUGUCCAUGCUGCCUCCUCCACCUCUCCCAGACGAUGAGCUGGAUGACGCUCCGCCCCCACCUCCUCCUCCUUCUCCUCCUCCACCUGGUUCUGUGUAUGGAGGUUCUGUGGUUCCCCCUCCACCACCUCCACUUGGCCAAAAUACCUCAUUAACUUCAGCAAACCCUCCACCUCCUCCUCCUCCUCCUCCUCCAGGGAACAUGGCUAUUCCUCCUCCUCCUCCUCCACCUCCUCCAGGCAAUGUCCCUGUCCCACCUCCUCCACCUCCCGUCCAGGGUAAGACGGCUCUUCCUCCUCCUCCUCCUCCUCCUGGCUCUUACAGUGGAUCUUCACUACCUCCACCUCCACCUCCACAAAACACCUCCACUGUGCCACCACCACCGCCUCCUCCUCCUAAUACCGGAGGAAAGUUUAUUCCCCCACCUCCUCCACCUCUCCCAUUUUGAUAGCUUUUUUCCAAUGUAUUUUUAUGGAAAAGACUAUACGAUAUUUAAUACGACAUACAGCUGUCAAACGAGCAUCCAAAAUAAAUUUUUGUUUACAUUUAUAUAUGCAUGUGUAGUGUGUAUAUUUAUUAUGCAUGUAUAAAUACACACACAUACAGUAUAUAUAUAUUUAGUAAAUAUUUG